UAUGAAAUUUUUAAUGAUCGCCCUUGCUUUCUGUGCCGCUUUGGCUUUGGCAGCUGGCCAAAACUACCUCUUCGGUCCCAGACACUUCGAUUACAAUUCCAUUGAUGUGCCACAAGCCACAGGACGUGACCCCAGACAAAAUAGAGGACCCGUUGUCUUCCCCCCAUCUCCCCCAGACGCAAUUGAUGAAUCCAGUGGUGUUAUUGUUGGUGCUUCCGGUUAUGGUUUUGUGCCACCACAACAAAGUCCCUUGUAUUACACCACCACAGCGUUAAAAUCACCAAGUGCCACAUCGUAUGCCUCAUUUAAUUACUACAACAUUCCGUAUUACCAGCGAUUAAAUUUUGUUUAAUGCCUGGCAACGGCAGUGGAUCUGAAGCUUACUU